GCGGGAGGCCGAUCUGCUUGGGGCGCCCUCAGCGCUGGGCGGGCUCGGCUCCUCGCCCACAACUAUGGAGGGGCCGAAAGGCUGCUUCACUCCUUUUUUAGAGCUGUCCAGGACAGGGAUAUCCUGGGAUUCUUCGCCCAAGGCCCCCUGGAGGAAUCGGUUUCGCCUUCUGGCGACCGAGACGGGGCUUCCCCGAGGAUCCGCUUUCCUAAAUGAUCCUGAGUGGGGGCGCCUGGUGCCCGCGGGGGAGCAGAAGGGAAAACGGGUCGGAAAGCCUCUCGGAAGGCGGCGAAGGGGCGCUGAGUCGGACGGCACCUGACCCGGCUCCGUGACGAGCGCAGCCCCUCGCCGCCCCCAGGAGGCCGGCCUGGAAAGGGGGCCGGGCGGCGGCGGCGGCGGCGGCGGGAGUUUCCCCGACCCUCGUGAGCGGAGCCUUUCCCGGAACCGCCUCGGGGCGUAUAAACCUCCGGCGAGAGGCUGCGGGCGCCACCAGCGGAUGCUCCGGCGGCAGCCUGGCGGGACUGAUUCGGCGUGGCCCGCGCACCUGAAGGGCUCUCCGGCCGCAGCGCCCGCUCCGCGCCAUGCCGCGCCUGCCCGCCGCCGCCCUCCUCCUCCUGCUGCUGCUGCUGCUGGCCUCGGCCGCUUGCUCUGCCGCGCAAGAGGCUCAACAAGAGGACUACUACUUGAGGAUUUGGCCAGAAAAGCCUGCAGUGAAGUAUGGAGAUUCCAUGGUAUUAAACUGCAGUUCCAAUUGUGAGAACAUUGGCUUGGAGACCAGCUUACAGACCGUUGCUGCAGGGACUGGGCCUGCUUGGAAAGCCUUCAAUCUCACCAGUGUUACUGAGUGGGAACCAAAGCCAUUGUGUUUUGCUACCUGUGGGGGGACAGAGCAGAAAUAUCAGAGGAUAACCACCACAGUUUACCGAGCUCCGGAGCGCGUAGUGUUGGAUCCGCUGCCCGAGGUGGAGGUGGGUAAGGAGUAUAAUGUGACUUGUCGAGUUUUCAUUGUUGCCCCCAUCUGGAACCUCACCGUGACCUUGUAUCAAGGGGAGAGGAGGCUGUAUGUGGAGACCUUUGAGGACCACAGGAAUCCUGAAGCCGGCAAUGUUGUGGUGACAAGCAACAGCAUCACCGCUCAGCAGAAUGACCACGGAGAGGAAGUCACCUGCCGUGCAGUUCUGGACCUGAGGCCGGAAGGGCCCUACUUGGAAAUGGCUUCCCUCAGCAAAUCGCUGGAGACUGUUGUUUUCCCCAUGGACCCAUAUCUUCAAACUUUGGGCUCUGUAGAGAUCAAUACUAGCAUGCCUGUGGAAUGUGAGGUGUCUGGACUUUUUCCGGUUCAAAAGGCAGCGUUUCAGCUGUUCUUUGCAGGGGAGAGAUUGAACUCCAGCAACCACAUAUCAGGGCACAAAGUGAGUGCCCAGGCUCAGGUGACCUCAAUAUCAGCAGGAGAACAUCAGUUGAUCUGCAUAGUCUCUCUGGGGCCAGUGACCAAAACUGCAGAGAGUACUGUGAAUGUUUACAGUUUGCCCAAACCCACCCUGCACAUUGACCACCCCCAAAUCCCUGUCAACACAAACGUGACAGUUAUGUGCAGGUCUGAUGGCUCCAAGUCCCCUGGUGUCGUCAUGCGGAUCAGUGACACCCAGGAGAUCUUACUAUCCGGAGAUGGUCCUUCUCUGCAGUAUUCACUGAUGGCCCAGAAAGAGGAUAAUGGGAGGCAAUUCAUGUGCAAAGUGGAGCUGAAAGUUGAUGGGCGCUCGGUUGUGAAAGAGACAGCUGCAAAUCUCACUGUCUUCUAUGCGCCCCAAAUGAGUGAUUCUAGCUGCCCUGAUAAGUUGACCUGGAAGGAUGGCAGUGAAGAGACCUUUAUCUGUUCAGCCUCAGGAAACCCACCACCAACUGUUGAAUGCAGGAAAGAUGAGGUGUCAUACAACAUUGGGAUACAGCAGCAAGUCUCAAAAGAGCAUGGUGGCAUCUAUCAUUGCAAUGCCACCAACGCCUAUGGAUUUGAUGUAAGAGAUGUGAUCAUACACAUUGAAUCUUACCAGCCUGACAUCCUUGGAAUCAUAAUUGGGGUUCUCUGCGCAGUGUUUAUUUCUUCUGCAGUAGGGGUGGCUUAUUACAUGCACUACAGAAGUAAGAUCAAGAAGUACCACCUAAGACGGCGGCAGCAGCAGCAAGUAACGGGAAGCCCCAUGGAGCAAAAGUGCCUGAAUGGCAACGUAUAGUCUGUGAAUGUUUAAGUGGACAGGUGGCUGCUAUAAGCUGAAGAGGAACUUGAGCCCAUGCCAGCAAGUUGCAGUUGUUAUUCAGGUUCAUCCUCCCCACUUAGCCAGUGAUCAGGGGGAGAAAAUGGGAAAGCAUUCUUGAGAUGCUGAACAACUGAUGGGCAGUGCUCCAACUGGACUUUGUCUUAAGGAGUUUGGAUGGUUUCUGCACUUUCAGAAAAAGACUUGUGAUCAGAAACUUGUCCCUUUUAUGUUUUCUUAAAACCUUCUCUUCCAUCCAAGCCUUGGAAUCUUGAAGUUUUGAGAACUGGAGUGUUGGACUCUCAUGCUUACAGGUCGGGGGGGGGGGAGGGUAAAAGCUGCCAGAGCAUAAGCUUUGAGAGAUAGCUGACAACAUUCAGUUACUCAGUAAGAAGCAACACAAAGAGUUCAGGCAGGUGUGUUGAAGGCAGAAGGAUGGAAGAGCCUCAUUAAGGAUGGACUAUUUCCCCAGCAGUGGAUGCUUUCAGAACUUAGAUUUUCAUUCCUGCAGUGUGAAAUGAAGUGUCUGCCUGGAUCCUUCACCUCACCCCACUGGGACUAUAAGCCGGCAAGAUCAUGAUUGCAUUUUGCAUUGUGAAAACAAUUGUCUCCUUCUUGGACCAUCCAAGCUCUUCCAGGGUGCAAUCUGGCACCAGUUGGGUCUUAAAGGAAAGCCAAGAUUCUUAUGUGGUGGCAUAGUCAACAUAAAAUGGUUUUUUAUCAUGAUCCAUGAACUCAGGAUUCUCUUCUUUAAAGAUACUACAUGUCAUAACUCUAAGACAACUUGUCUUUUUCAGUGUCAGGCCAGGCUGAAGUCUUAAAUGUGAAGGAUAUGAGAAUGGUUUAAAAAUAAUGUAGGCUUUUAAAUGACUGCUGAAAAAUGUUGGGUCAUGUGUUUCCAUAUGCUCAGUUUUUCCACACUUCCACGAGUUUAAAGUUUCAUUUUUGCACAUGUGGCUCAAAGCCACAUUUAUAUGUAAAAACACCAACAAAAUCUGCUUUGUGAAUUAUGCUUUAUGGGUGUAUGCCUAAAAUGUAUGAAAUGGUCUACAUACAUUAGAAUAGGAGGAAAGCGCUCUUGCAGAACCUUGAACUUGUCAUCUAGAUUUUUUUAAAUGACUCCUUGUUUUAAAUCUAACCUUGUAUAGGAGAAUUACCCCACUGUUUCAAAAAUCUUUGAGCUUCUAUUCUGGAGGCUGAGCACCCAAACAGCAACUGAAUUGAAGGGACUGCAAGUUAAUUUUCUUGCAUCAAAAUCUAGCAAGUCAUUCUCAAUGAAUUUAUUUUUAUGUUCUUGUCUUAUUGCCUGGAGAAUAAAAUUGUUUGCUAAAUUCUGUUCAUGCCAUCUCCUGAAUGAAUGAAACUUUCACUGCAGCAUGGUGAGUCUCUGUUACCAGGAAGAACAGUAUGUGGGACACGGUGUCUUCUGAGAGGCAGACGGCAUAUGAUGUGAUUAUGCUUCCUUAGCUGCUCUGUCAGUGUUAUCAUGCAACCAUAUAUAAAAAUGGGAAUGCUCUGAAUUUAAAAUUCAAGGAUAUUUCACUAUUAUUAUUCUGUAGACUUUCCAUACCUUAGACAUUAGAGAUUUUUAAUAAUAGUAAUAAUUAAUAACAAGAAUAAUUUAUUAUUUAUACCCCACCCAUCUGGCUGGGUUGCCCCAACUACUCUGGGCGGCUCCCAACAAUUAAAAGCACAAUAAAAUUUUAAAGAGGUUUAUCACUGCAAAUAAAUCAUAGAAUCAUGUAACUGUAGAGUUGGAAGGAACCCUGAGUGUCAUCUAGUCCAACCACCUCUCAGUAAAAGAACACCUGGGAGGCCCUGACACACCAACUUUCUAAAGUGGCUUCAUGUGCAUUUCAAGGCUGGAUUGCUGCAGUGCUGUAUGUGGGGCUUCGCUGGCACUUGGUCUGGAAGCUGCAAGACAGUGCAGGAUGCUGCAGCACAAUUGCUGGCAGAAGAGACUCCUUGUCAGCAUAGAGCACCUCUGCUCAGAGAUCUGCGCUGGUUGCCUGCUGACUCCCAGGCCAAGUUCAAGGUGUUCCUAUUAGCAUAUAAAGUCCUUAACAACUUGGGAUCAGUUUACAUCUGAGAUCACCUUGCCCCACAUAUGACCGCUUGACCACUUCUGUUGGCAGAACUGGCACCUUCACAGAGGCUGCACAUGACCCACAUCUGUCAGCACUUGAUUUUUUAGUGUGGCAGCAUCAACACUGGAACGCCCAGCCCCUGGCUCUCAGGCGCCUUCACUGUAGUCCUUUCAGCACCUGCUGAAGAUGUUCUUAUUUAGACAAGCCUACCCAGAUAUUCUGAAAGGAGUUUAAAUUGGUUUUAGUCUAUUUUACUGUGGUUUUAAUCUUCUGUAUAUUUUAAUUUAUGGUUGUAAAUUUUUUUUAGAGAUAAUUUUAUUGUUCUGUCUUUUUUUGUAAGCCACUUUCAGGUUUCCUACAGUCAAGCAGUAUAUACAUUUUAUGAAAUAAGUAAAUAAAAUUAAUAAAUGGGGAGGCUUGGAGAGGGAGGUGGAAGCCCUGUUGUUAUUUUAAAAAUUGUUUUAUUAAAAAUUUUCUUGGGUUACAUAAGUACA